AGAAGAGAGAGGGGAAAGUUGCUUCUCUCUCUGACCCGCCCACUCCCUCCUUCCCUGCUCCGGUCGCACUCCGUAGUUCCUCCGCGCACUUACGUACAGCAGACAGACACGAGAUCGAGUGGUACAGGGCCCGCCAGAAACCUCACGAGCUAGCUGGGUUCCUGCCGCGCCGCCGAUCCACGCAUGGCGCCGCCGCCGCUCCUGCCCGCGCGCUUCGUCGCCGCCUCCGUCGCGCUGCUCGCCGUCGCCUUCUCCUCCUCUCUAACGCGUCCGUCAGGUGCAUACGAUCCGCUCGAUCCGAACGGGAACAUAACAAUCAAGUGGGACGUGAUACAGUGGACUGCGGAUGGCUAUGUGGCCGUCGUUUCGCUAUACAACUACCAGCAGUACCGCCACAUCCAGGCGCCGCCGGGGUGGAGGCUAGGCUGGGUGUGGGCGAAGAAGGAGGUGAUCUGGGCGAUGACCGGCGGCCAGGCCACCGAGCAGGGCGACUGCUCCAGGUUCAAGGCCAGCGUCCUCCCCCACUGCUGCAGGAGGGACCCGGAGGUGGUGGACCUGCUGCCCGGGACUCCCUACAACACGCAGACCGCCAACUGCUGCAGGGGAGGAGUGCUCGCCUCGUGGGCGCAGGACCCUAGCGACGCCGUCGCCUCGUUCCAGGUCAGCGUUGGGCAGGCUGGGUCCACCAACAGGACCGUCAAGGUGCCCAGGAACUUCACCCUGCUGGCGCCUGGUCCCGGGUACACCUGCGGAGCCGCCAAGCUUGUCAAGCCUACCAAGUUCAUGUCUCAGGAUGGCAGGAGAUCAACUCAAGCGCACAUGACCUGGAACGUGACGUGCACGUACUCCCAGUUCCUUGCCCAGAGAUCUCCAACCUGCUGUGUCUCGCUCUCGUCGUUCUACAACGACACCAUUGUUAGCUGCCCAGCAUGCUCCUGCGGCUGCCAGAACAACAACAGCAGUAGCACCGCCGCGCCAGGAAGCUGCGUAGAGGGUAGUAGAAGGUCGCCCUAUCUGGCUUCCGUCGUCAACGAUCCUAGCAAGAACAGCUUGGCGCCGCUAGUCCAGUGCACCUCACACAUGUGCCCGGUAAGGGUGCACUGGCACGUCAAGGUCAGCUACAAGGAGUACUGGAGGGUGAAGAUCACGGUCACCAACUUCAACUACCGGAUGAACUACUCGCAGUGGAACCUGGUCGCGCAGCACCCCAACUUCGACAACCUCACCACCAUUUUCAGCUUCAACUACAGACCUCUCAACCCCUACGGAGUGAUCAACGACACGGCGAUGCUAUGGGGCAUCAAGUACUACAACGAUCUGCUCAUGACGGCCGGGCCAGACGGGAACGUGCAGUCCGAGCUUCUGUUCCGGAAGGAGCCGUCCACGUUCACCUUCCACAAAGGAUGGGCCUUCCCCAGGCGAGUCUACUUCAACGGAGACAACUGCGUGAUGCCGCCGCCGGACGCCUACCCGUGGCUGCCCAACGCCGCCUCGCCGCGGCUGUCGCCUUCGCUUCUCCUCCCGCUCGUUGCGGCUGCUUGGACAGCAUUCGCAGUCCUUUCGUGAUGGGCCCAUAUGCGUAGGGAAGGCAAGGCAAGGCACACAAUGUCCCAUGACAAGUUCUGACCUGAUUCAGCGUUGUUGCUUGCUGCUGAUCAUUAGUCGAUCUGUUGCGAAGUUUUAUUUGGUGUCUUGAAUCUUGAUUCAGGAACAGGUUCAGAUGUGCAUUCACGUACUACCAAGCAUGUACAUUCCCAAUACUUGUAAAUUUCUGCAAAGACUGACUGGCAAGUGACAGUAGAAAUAAUCUGUUUCUCUCUCCGCAUCAUGGAAAGUUUCGUGCUCAA